UUUUUUUUAUUCCUCUGUGGUUCUGCGUUGUGUGGCGACAACAAGAAAGCAUUGUGAAGUGGAUAAUUUUUUCCUAAUUUCAGACUGCUUCAUCUAAUUUAAAAUGGCAAAAUAUGAUCUAACUCCCCGAAUGGGGCAAUAUUUAGAUCGCCAUUUGGUUUUUCCUCUCCUCGAAUUUUUGUCGGCCAAGGAAAUUUAUGAUGAAAAGCAACUACUGAAAGCAAAGCUAGAUAUUUUGAGUAAAACUAAUAUGAUUGACUAUGCGAUUGAUAUAAGGAAUCAAUUAUAUCAAAACGAGGCUAUUGAAGAUUCGUUGAAACAACGACGCCAAAUGGUAGUUGACAAACUACAGGAAUUACAGAGAGUUGUCGAUCCAAUUUUACAUAUUUUGAAUGAUGACGAAGUUAUGCGUAAUAUGGAGACUAUGAGGGAUUCCAAAACUCUCAUCAAUUAUUUAUCCAAGGAUUAUAAGUUCGAAAUAGAAAUGAUCGAUAGCCUGUACAAAUUGGCGAAGUAUAGGUAUGAUUGUGGCAACUACUCUGCAUCCACUUCUUACCUGUACUUUUGUAUGCUUGUUCUUCCAUCAAAUGACAAAAACUAUUUGUCAGUGUUAUGGGGAAAGUUUGCAUCUGAAAUUCUCGUACAAAACUGGGAUUCGGCCUUAGAAGACUUGAAUAAGUUGAGAGAUUAUAUAGAUUCUAGUUCUAACCAUUUUGGAGGCAAUAGCUCACUGAACUUAUUGCAACAAAGAACAUGGUUAAUUCACUGGUCACUGUUUGUGUUUUUCAAUCAUGCAAUGGGAAGAGAACUCAUAAUUGAAAUGUUUUUAUACAAACCACACUACUUGAAUGCCAUCCAAACUAUGUGUCCCCAUAUUCUUCGUUAUCUUGCAACUGCAGUAAUCAUCAAUCGCGGAAGAAGAUCAGCAUUGAAAGAUUUAAUCAAGGUCAUCCAACAAGAAAGUUAUACUUAUAAAGAUCCAAUCACUGAAUUUUUAGAACAUCUAUAUGUUAAUUUUGAUUUUGAUGGAGCAAGGCAGAAACUACAAGAUUGCCAAACAGUUCUUUUCAACGACUUCUUCCUGAUCUCUUGUUUAGAAGAGUUUGUCGAGAAUGCUCGUCUUAUGAUUUUCGAAACUUUCUGUCGCAUUCAUCAAUGUAUUAGUAUUGGAAUGCUAGCUGAGAAACUCAACAUGAACCCUGAUGAAGCCGAAUGCUGGAUAGUCAAUCUCAUAAGGAAUGCUAGAUUGGAUGCGAAGAUCGACUCCAAACUAGGUCAUGUUGUAAUGGGAGCACAGCCACUUUCCCCAUAUCAGCAGUUGAUUGAAAAAAUUGAUUCACUCUCUGUGAGGUCAGAAACUUUGUGUGGCCUUAUUGAUAGAAAACUGAAGGCAAAGACAGAUAUACGUUGGGGAAAUCAUCAGGAUUGAUUAUUCUAAAUGAAUAAAAUGAUGACAUAAGA